AUUUUAUUUUAUUUAUUUGAAAGGAAAAAGUAUUUAACGGAGAGGUUAACACUUUCCGUUCAUUUCGUACACGAACCGGAUGCACAACGUAUUUGAACACGUGGCAAAAUUCUGUUGGAGAUGUAGCGCUGGAUACAGCUAGUAGGGAACCGGCAGAUCCGGACUUCAGACCGGUCCGAGUCCUGACAUCCUUAACGGAUAUUUAAACCUCUUCACCCCCCCUCGCAUGGAAACGGAAGAAGCCAUUGGAGCUGCAGCCAUGGCGGCCAUUCAACCUCCAGUAAACAACCCUUCUCUCUCCACAUAUCUCCAAGACCUUCACCAGACGCCCCACAAGCUUAAAAGAAGAAUGUUUGCGACAUGGACUCCAGACCAGGAACUCAACCAAGUAAGGUUGAGGUCAGGAGCAGACAUGAAAAGAAAGCUCCAGUGGUACGACUUGGUAGGCCUCGGUGUCGGAGGAAUGCUGGGCGUUGGAGUUUUCGUCACAACUGGUCAAGUAGCAGCCAGGAUCUCCGGUCCUGCUGUCUUUAUUUCUUAUAUCAUUGCCGGAGUAUCAGCUCUCCUUUCUUCCUUGUGUUAUACGGAAUUCUCUAUUCAGAUUCCGGUCGCCGGUGGCGCCUUUAGCUAUCUGCGAAUAACCUUUGGGGAGUUCGUGGGUUACUUCGCUGGAGCUAAUAUACUAAUGGAGUAUGUCUUGUCAAACGCCGCCGUGGCGAGAAGUUUCACGGCGUAUCUAUCUUGUACAGUGGGAGCAGUUCAUCCGGAUUCUUGGAGACUUAAAGUGGGUGGAUUAGCAGAGGGUUAUAAUAGACUGGAUUUCACAGCUGUUGUUGUUAUUCUUCUUCUUACAUUCUGUCUAUGCUAUAGCACCAAGGAAAGUUCUAUGUUUAACCUCGUUAUGACAGUGUUUCAUGUGAUCUUCUUCGGAUUCAUUAUUAUUUCUGGGUUCUACAUUGGGAGUGCCAAGAAUCUGAUACACCCAGAUGGAUUAACUCCUUUUGGCGUUAGGGGUGUUCUUGAUGGAGCGGCCAUAGUUUAUUUCAGCUAUAUUGGCUACGACACUGUAUCAACCUUGGCAGAAGAGAUAAAGAACCCUCAGAAGAACCUCCCAGUGGGAAUUGUUGGGUCUGUUGUCAUCGUUUUGGCACUUUAUUGUCUCAUGGCCUUGUCCUUGUGCGUGAUGAUCCCUUACAAUGAGAUAUCGGAUACAGAAGCAUCAUUCGUUUUGGCUUUCAGAAAGAUGGCUGGUUGGGAAUGGGCAAGCAAUGUUGUUGGCGCUGGUGCAAGCUUGGGAAUCGUUGCUUCUCUCCUGGUGGCUAUGCUAGGCCAAGCCAGAUACCUUUGUGUUAUUGGAAGGGCUAGGCUCGUGCCCAUCUGGUUGGCCAAGGUGCACCCUUCUACAGGCACCCCUUUGAAUGCCACCCUCUCCUUAGGGAUGUGCACGGCAUCAAUUGCACUCUUCACAGAACUUGAAAUAGUGCUAGAGAUGAUUUCCAUCGGCACACUCCUGGUCUUCUAUCUGGUGGGGAACGCUCUGAUCUAUCGUCGGUAUGUUGUCAUUGGAAACAACCAUCCACUCCCCACUCUCGUCUACCUGUUGCUCCUCUCAUCAAGUUCAAUUGGCUUCUCCAUGUCAUGGAAGUUCAAGGAACAAUGGUGGGGCUUGGCCUUAUUUAGUGGGACUCUGAUUGCCAUUACUGCCGUCUUCCACUACAUGAUCUCCCGCAGUGGCCAACCCAGCGAAUGGUCAGUUCCACUUAUGCCAUGGCCGGCUUCUGCGUCAAUCUUCCUCAAUGUAUUUCUCAUGACUACGCUAAACAUAAGGGCUUUCCAAAGGUUUGGAAUAUGGGCCUGUCUUGUCACCUUGUUCUAUGUACUAUAUGGUGUUCAUUCAACGUACCGUGCAGAAGAAAUGGGGACUGAGGAUGAUGGAAUAAACACAAUCUCAUCAGUACAACAAACCAAGCUGGAAAUCCAGUUGGUUUAAUCAAAAGGUGUUAUUAGGACCUUUCUUUCUUUCUUUGUCUCCCUUCUUUUACUUUUUCCAGUUUUGAUCCUGUCAAUACAGUGUAGGGCUCGGCUCAUGGAAGUCAUACUACGCAGUCCCCCCCCCAAUAAAAAAAAAAAAAAAAAAAAGAAUGUAGAAUCAGUGAACAAGCAUAAAACACCCAAAUAAAGGUACAGAGAAUGGGAAAAAGAAGGGGAAAGGGAUAGCUUUUUUUUAUAUCUUACAUAUCCUUUUUUUAGUUUUUGUUUUCUUGCUUUUUCAGUUUUUCUGCUUUCCUUUUCCCACUUUGUACUCUCUGUUGUCACUAUGUAACUGUAACCAUAACCAUAUUUCAUGGUGAAACCACCACUAUUCCUUGCAACAGAAUGUGAAUUUAUAUUGUGAUGAAGAAGCGAAACCGCUUUUUGAUAA